AUGCUACGAAGCUUUUGGAGUUUUGUUGCCUCUACACCUCAGAAAUCAUCACAGUCCCAACAAAACUUUGAAGCAGACUUAGAAGGUUCCCCUACACCUAGUACCAGACAAUCCGAACAACAAUUAGAAAUGCCUGGCACUCCUGUUCACCAAAGUAGCCCUGCUGGGCACGAUGGGAAUGACGACAAGAUAGCUCACAGCCCGAACUCUAAGCGGAAGAGACAUAAGAAGAAGGUUAAAUCAAGUCCGGUAUCAAUCGUCGAAGUUCCGGCGACUGCUGAGCAACUUGAAGAAGAGAGGCUCGAAGAAGACGAAGGAGAAGAAGAUGGAGCUAUGGCUGAUGUUUCAAACGCUGAAGCCAGUGCAAAGAGGAAGCGGAGAAAGAGUGAUCUUGAGUUAAGCGAGAAGAAAGCGAAGAGGUCAAGGAAGCAUAAGAAAAGUGCAGGAGAGGGAACUUGGACUGCCAUUAACGGAUCCCUGCCUGCUGAAGAAGCUGGGGAUGAUGAUGAUGAUGAAGCAGCCGAUAUUGAAGGUGAAGAAGCCGGGGUUGAGGGCGAUGACGAUGAUGACGACCACCCGCGUAUUCCUGGAGUUCGAUGGUUCGGGGAUGUUGCUGGGGUCUUCUUUGAAGGAAAGUGGGUGGAGGCUGAUAUCUCCCAGGUUGCAGCCAUUAAAAAGCGGAUGAAAGCGCAGAAAGCACGCCGUAUGGAGAAAGCAAGCCAGAUGGAGAAUGAGCCGGAACCCGAAUUAGAGGGGCAAGAACCUGAGACUAUUGAAGAAACGGACCGAGAUGACAAGGACAACGAAGGGAGCCGAAAAAAUCAAAGGGAGCACAGCAAAAAGUCCAAGAACCACGAACCAGCACCUGAGUUAGAAGUGGAGUCUCAUGAACCAGAAGCAGAACCAGGGCCAGAGGCGGGACCAGAACCCCAACCAGAGCCAGAGCCAGAGCCAGAGCCAGAGCCAGCUGAAGUCAAAGAAGCACCAGGAAAGGAUACUUCAAAAAGACAAAAGAGCAAACGAAGAAAAAGUCGCAAGCAACCUGAACCUGAGACCGGAGCUGACUCUGAACCUGAACCAGCUACCAAAGAACGUAGAAGUAGCAAAAAUACCAAAGAUACCUCCGAAGAGCCCAGCCGUCGCCGCACUUACCCACGAGAUGCAGAAGGUGUAAACCCACCCCAAGUUAUCAUUCCAUCUGCUACCGAUCAUUCCUUCGGCAACUCUAAAGGAGUCGGUCCACCACCUCCCCCCGCAGCAUAUGACAGGGGACCGUUCACACCUACAGAAGAUGCCUUAAUUCAAAAUGUUAUCAACCGUUACUGCCAACUACAAGUACCCCGCCUCAACCGUGCCGGCUUUUUGAACAUCGUUUGGAAUAACGAUCGCCACAAAACCGAUUUUUGGAACGUCCUCAUGACAAACCUCCCUCUUCGAACGAGGCAGAGUCUACACGCCCAUGUUAGGCGAAUGUACAACGACUUUGAAGACCGUGGAAAGUGGACAAAGGAGCAGGACGAUGAACUGCGUGAUCUCGUUGCUCAGAAAGGUACUAAGUGGAUUUUUAUUGGUGGCCUCCUCGAUCGUAUGCCUGAGGACUGCCGCGACCGCUGGAAGAACUAUGUGGUCUGCGGCGAGAACCGACGUACAAACUUUUGGGAUGAACAAGAAAUAGAAAAAAUGCUAGAGAUUAUCGACGAUAUGCUGGAUAUCUUAGUCGCACGCCAUGAGGAAAAUGGCACUCUUGCGUUGCCGGUCCCUAAAGGAGAGAGUGAGGAGGGGAGGGCCGCACGGCUAGAAAACGAAAAAUUCUGUCACCGUGAGGAAGUUGAUUGGAUGAUUGUGAGCGAGCGGAUGGGACAUACGAGAAGCCGGAUGCAGUGUUUGGCCAAGGGCAAAGACUUGUGGGCAAAAAUCGACGAUGGUCUAGACGUCGGGAGUAGGAGGACAAAGAAAUCGAGAGCGAAGAAAGGAAGAAAGGGAAAGCGGGCAGUCGAGGACGGGGGGGAUGCCGAAGAGAUCCCCUUGCCCGCCCUCAAAGAGGCAAAGAAUAUGUUACCAGGGGAUUAUCUCUACGUUCUACAGAGAAUCUCAGUCCAGGGUUACGACUGCCUCGCCUCUAUCGACUGGAACAAGCUCACCGAAAUUGACACUGUGAAACAUUUCACCCCAGAACAGUUCAAGGCUGGGUUUCACAGCUAUAUGAAGGAUCACAAUCCUCGAAAAAAGGAUUUGAGAAGCUUUGUAGCUGAACAAUUAGGUGAUUUGUCGGAGCUGCCAGGAAUGAUAAGAAAUAAGAGAUAUAGACCACCAGCCGGGGCUACCAGCCCAGCGGUUGCGGCCGCUCCGCCUACGGCAAAGAAGAAUAGACGACGGAAGAAGCAAGACGCAGCGCAAGUCCAGCAACCCGGAUCACCCGCCGAGGCGGAGGCUAGAUCCGGCAAUUCUUCGCACCACGGCUCCCCGCCUCGGAGGUUGAACAGAGCAGAGAAGCCGAGUCACUCGCCCGGGAAUCCAUUCGCCAAACAACCGAGCAACGAUAAAGAAGCAGCCCCACCCUCUGGGCCCCGAACGAGGGGGAAAGCUGCAUCAGCAAGGGCUCCAAAGAAAUCACCAAAGAAGCAAUACAAAUCGGCAGAAUAUAUUAGUGACUCUGAUAACGACAAAAACAAUGGUAACGAAGCGGUAGACGAGGGCGCUCAGGAAGGGGAAGUGAUGGAAGUUGAUGGUGCAAAUGGCGUUUCUGGUAGUGCUGAAGCGGAAGAGCCGGAGAACGGCGCGGAGGCGGACGAUGAAAUGGGGGAAAGUGUGGCGUUUGGAAAUGCGAGUAAGGAGAAGAAGAGGUAG